AUGAAUUCUUUACACACUGUUAUUAAUUAUACGUAAUUUGAGGAACAUUAUCAAAAAAUAAAAUAAAAUAAUAAAUUUGUUCUUUAUUUUACUGGUACUACAGAUGAAACUACAGGUAGAAAUUGGUGUUCAGAUUGUGAAGCAGCUUAUCCUUUUAUUAAAUCUCAUGUUAUUCCUAAAUGUCAAGAAUUAGCUAUUCCUUUAUUAGAAGUAAAGAAUGGAUUAAGAGAUGAAUGGAAAAAUCCUAAUCAUCCUUUAAGACAUCAUAAAGAUUUUAAAUUAUAAGGAAUCCCAGGUAAUUUCGAAAAAAGUUUAUUGGAAUAACAAAUAACAAAUAAGCAAUUAUUAUUAGAUUUUUUCGAAGAUCUUUGA